AUGCUUCUGCAGCUAGCCUGCCUUUAUCUCUGUGGACUAACGUUGCUAUUAGCCACAGCCACUACAACCUCUACCUCCGCCGCCAUCGCCGCCACCAACACCACCGUCGACACCUCCAACAUCGCCAAAGGCGCCACCAUCACCAAACCAGGCUGCCCCCGCCAAUGCGGAAAUUUGACAGUGCCAUACCCGUUCGGCAUCGGCAAAGGUAGCGGCUGUGGGAUUGGAGAGUGGUUUGAAUUUAACUGCAGCUAUGCAUUCAACCCUCCAAGAGCCUUUCUUGGUACAAUCGAAAUAUACGAAAUUUCAGAUAACCAAAUGCGUAUUUCGAAUGUAAUGGCGAGAAGAUGCUACGAUCGAUCAGGGGCAGUGGUUUCUGCUAAUACAGCCUCUUCUGAUAUCACCACCACCCCCUUCAGCUACUCGAAACUAAACAGGUUUACAGUCGUUGGUUGCGAUGAUUUUGCUUUGAUAACAGGCGGUGGUGACCGCAAUUUCACGAGCGGAUGUUUUUCACUUUGUUCCAAUGCAGAGGACGUGCUCGAUGGAUAUUGCACCGGUAUUGGCUGCUGCCAAACUUCAGUCCCAACGGGGCUAAAAUUUUACUUAACUGUGCUCAGUAGUUUGAAUAAUCAUACUAGGGUCUCAUCAUUUGACCCUUGUAGCUAUGCAUUUGUUGGUGAGCAAGAGCGUUUUAUCUUUCGUGGUGCAAAGGAUUUAUCUGAUCCAAAUUUUAUGGAAAGGACUCGAGCUACUGUCCCAAUAGUGCUAGAUUGGGUGAUAGGGAAUCUGACUUGUGCACAAGCCAAAGUUUCGACAGACUAUGCUUGUAAGGCCAAUAGUUAUUGUGUUGAUUCGGAUACUGGUUUGGGUGGGUAUCGUUGCAGCUGCAACGCAGGGUAUGAAGGCAACCCGUAUCUUGAUCCAGGCUGCAAAGAUAUUGAUGAAUGUGCAGAUUCAAACAGCAACAACUGUGAAAAGAUUUGCAUAAACACUCCUGGAAGUUUUAACUGUUCUUGUCCAACUGGAUACUAUGGUAAUGGCGUAAAGGAUGGCCGUGGUUGCAUUGCUAAUACCUCGGAAUUCCCCAUAAUCAAGUUGGCCUUAGGUAUAGGAUUUGGGUUUCUGUCUCUAGUUAUUGGAAUAACUUGGGUAUAUUUUAGUGUGAAGAAAAGGAAGCUCAUAAAACUCAGGGAGAAAUUCUUUCAGCAAAAUGGCGACCUUUAUGCUGCUCCAAUGACCUCGACAGAUCUUUACACUGUUCCAAUUAGCCCUUAUACCAACACCAGGGAUUUAUCCGGACAAUACAGUUUGGAUAGUAGUCAAAUGAUGUUCCCUCAUGUAAACGACCCUCGAUGA